AUGUCAUCAGAUUUGUACGCUGAGUGCAUACUAUACAAUGAGAUACUCAAAAGGAAUCCGAAGUCCAUUAAGGAGAUGUUCAGUGCAACAAAAAUAGCUGAGAUAAAGAAAUUCAUUUCAAACAAUGACGAUAUACCUGCCAUGAAAACGUGCGCUGAAACGUACCUGACCACAAGGAAACGACCAGCUCCAUUGUUUACUUCAACGCCUGCAGCUAAGAAGAGAGCAGUUGACCAUAGCGACUCUUCUGAUGACACCUCAGACGAUGAGGCCCCCAAGAAGAACGUGAUUCCUAAUGGGAUGCCUGUAAUGAACGGAUUAAAGCGUAAGGCCAAGUCCUCUGAUUCUUCAUCGUCGUCUGAUUCCGAUGCUGCUAAACCGGCUACGAAGAAGGUAAUGGCUGCGAAAGCUGUUACGAAGUCAAUGGCUUCAAAACACGAUGAUUCCUCCAGUGAUUCUGACUCGGAAGACGAAACUCCUGCAAAGAAGACUGUUUCGAAACCUGAAGCCAAGCCCGUAACCUCAGCUGCGAAGAAGGCUUCAUCUUCAUCAAGUGAUUCUGAGGACGAAGCUUCACCGAAGAAGUCACCAGCUAAACCUGCACCUAAAGUGGUACCUGCAGUGAAAAGUAAACCAGCAGAAUCCUCAAGUGACUCAGACUCGGAUAGUGAGGCAACAACCCAAGGUUUCUUGUCCACUUACUGCCGGUUUCACAAGCCUACUUUGAAACCAGUCACAAAAGUUGCUAAGCAAAUCGCAAAGAAAGAUACGUCAUCAUCAAGCGACUCGGAUUCUGACGAUGAAACUGCAGCA